AUGAAAUAAAAAUUAAGCAAUGCAAUGGUUUUAGAUGAGAAGACUGUUUCAGAUAUUAUAUGGAAAUUAUUAAAUGCAUUAGCACAUAUUCAUUAAAUGAAUAUUUUUCAUAGAGAUAUUAAAUUAGAAAAUAUAUAAUUUAAAAAUCAAAAAGAAUUAGCAGAUGUUUAAUUAAUAAAUUUCUCUACAGCGGAUUUUAUUAAUAAAAAAUCAAAUAAAAAUUAUAAAAAAUAAGGCACGGCAGGAUUUAUUGCCCCUGAAAUUUUUAAGACUUUUUAAUAUAAUUAAAAAGUAGAUGUUUUUUCACUUGGAGUUAUUUUUUAUAUACUUUUGUAUGGAAAAUUACCUUUUGAUUCAAAUACAGUAGAAAAUAUUAUUAAAUUAAAUGAAAAAUGUGAAAUUAAUUUCGAUAUAAAUAAACAUAUUAUUAAAUGUUCAUCUUCAGCAAUGGACUUAUUAAAAUAAAUGCUUGAAAAAGAUCCAUUAUUAAGACCUAAUGCUUCUGUUCUUUUAAAUCAUACAUGGUUUGUAAAUAUGAAAAAUAAAUUACCUUAAGUUUAUAAUACUAUGACUACUAUUAUCGAAAGAUCUUUUGAAUGCGGAGAUAAUAGUAGAAUAAGUUUUUUAAUUAAAAAUGGAGUUGGUGUAAAUAUGAAUUAUGAUAUUAAUUCUGAGUCUACCACCUUUUUUGAAGAAAAUUCACUUGGUGUUGAAACCUUAAAUUAAAAAAUGAUAAAUUUAAAUAGUGAAAUUUAUUAGAAAAUUCCUUCAAAAAUUAAACAUAAGUAAAGUUUUUGA